AUGGAAUUUAACACGCGGGUCGUGACUCUCCUGGCGCAGCUGGGUUACCAGGAGGAGACACCCGACAGCAUAGCAGCAACCUGCAAGGGCAACCUGAAGCGCAUCUGGGAGUUCCUGCUUGACAACGCGCGCCCCGCCGCCGAGUGCGACCGCAUCGGCCGCGCGGUGCGCGAGUACCAGCAGCAGCAGGAGCUCAACAGCGCCGCGGCCUCACGAGCCGCACGAGCGGGGGCGCUUCGAGAGCAGCUGCGUGUGCUGCGGCGCGAGUGCAGCCAGGUCGAGCGCACGCUUGUGCAGCAGCAGGAAGAGCUGCGGCUGCAGGCGCGCGCAGUGGUGGACGAGUCGGGGGAUGCGCUGCUGGCAGAGCAGGAGCAGCGCGAUGCAGAGCUUCUGACCCUGGCGCUGGGCUGCUUCACACAGCGCAGCAGCCGCUUUGCUGGGCUGAUAUCAGAUCGUCACGCCGAGCUGAGCGCGUCCUCUGCGCGGGCCCGAGGGCGGCAAGACCAGCAGCACCCAGGCGGCGGCGCCGCGGCGCCCAGCGCGCGGCCGGGCGCGGCCGCGCACAUGCUGGAGGAACUGCAGCAGCUGGUUGACCUUGUGAGGCAGGAGAUGCAGCAGGCGCUUGACUUGCAGGCGGAUGCGAUAGCGGAGAUGCCCGCGCCAGGCGCUGCCGGCCCCUUGCUGGGGCAUUCAGCACAGGCGUCUGACUGCAGCGGCGACGGCGGCGGCGGCGCUCGGCGCGCGAGGCCGCGCGCAGUUGCCGGCCACGCGCCUUCGCCCGAGCUGUCCGAGCGCCUGGCCGCGCUGCAGCUGCGCCCGCCCGCCGCGCUGCUCGCCUGUGCGUGCGCGCUGGCGGACCGCUCGGUGUCACGUCUGCGAGCGCUGCUCGCAGGCGGCGAGGCGGCGGCGGCGGCCGCCAACGCGGCUGUGGCGCAGCUGCCCGAGGAGAUCAAGCAGCGGCGGGCGCUCAUGCCUUGGACCACCUCCCCUGCGGACGCGGCUCUCGCUGAGGGCGGCGCCGGCGACGACUGCGGCAGCAGCAGCGUCGGCGCGGGCGACGCGGCCGACGGCGCGCGGCCGGACGCAGAUGAGCUGAUCCGGCUGCGGCAGCGGGCGCACCUCAAGCUCUGCCUGGACGCGCGGCGCGCGUCCAAGGCGGCGGCGGCGGCGCGCGCGCGGCUGGAGGGCCUGCUGGGGCGGCCUGAGCUGGGGCCGCUGCAGGGGAGCGAAGGUGGGGGCUGGGCGUUUGCGCGUGCCUUCGGCGGGCAGUGGGCCUUGUAG